AUGGAACGAAUCAUCCGCCCCGUCUCCCGGCAACUCCUACGACCUCAUCUGCGAUAUCCCUUUGCCAUCCCCCCAACACCUGCUGUCAAGAGACUUUACACAAUGGGACACGGUAGACCUGAGUUAAAAGACAAAUCCCUUUUUAUUGAGAAAUGUUAUAUCAAUGGUGAAUGGGUUGGCGCCCAGUCUGGCGAGACCUUUGAAGUUCACGACCCCGCGACCGGUCAACUCAUCGGAAAGUGCCCUGAACUCGCCGCUUCAGAUGUCGAAAAAGCCAUCCAGGCUGCCUCGGAGGCAUUCCCUUCCUUUCGCACAACCCUGGCUCGCGAGCGCGCCCGCAUGCUUCGUCGAUGGUAUCAACUGAUGAUGGACAAUGCAGAGGACCUGGCAAAAUUGAUUACAUGGGAGAACGGAAAGCCGUUAGCCGACGCUAAGGGUGAAGUCAACUACGCCGCGGCCUUUUUCGAGUGGUUCAGUGAGGAGGCGCCUCGCAUCUAUGGUGAUACUAUUCCGGCUUCAGUGCCUGGUAACCGGGUAAUGACACUAAAGCAACCCGUUGGUGUGUGCGGUCUGAUCACACCUUGGAACUUCCCAGCUGCUAUGAUCACACGUAAGAUCGCCCCAGCCCUGGCGGCUGGUUGUACCGUGGUUGCAAAGUCUCCCCAGGAGACCCCAUUCACUGCCAAUGCCCUAGCGGAAUUGGCUCACCGCGCUGGCAUCCCCAAGGGUGUCGUCAACAUUGUUACUGCAUCACACAACACCCCCUCUGUGGGUGAAUUGAUUACCACGCACCCGGAUGUGCGCAAGGUGUCUUUCACCGGCUCGACUAAUGUUGGCCGUAUUCUUAUGAAGCAGGCUUCUUCAACCAUCAAGAAGGUCUCAUGGGAGCUGGGCGGCAAUGCCCCCUUUAUUGUCUUUGAUGAUGUAGAGGAUCUUGAUGCUGCUGUUAUGGGUGCUAUUAACUCGAAAUUCCGCAGCUCUGGUCAAACCUGUGUCUGUGCCAAUCGCAUCUAUGUGCAAAAGGGCGUAUAUGACGAAUUUGCGAAGCGAUUUGCUGCCAAGGUCAAGGACUUCAAGCUCGGACUUGGCUUCGAGAAUGGCAUUACUCACGGCCCUGUCAUUCAUGAGCGUGCUGUUGAUAAGGUCCAUGAGCACGUCCAGGAUGCUACUAGCAAGGGCGCUCAGGUCCUUAUCGGCGGUAAGAAGGCAUCUGCCUUGGGUCCUAACUUCUAUGAGCCCACUGUAUUGGCCGGUAUGACCAAGGACAUGCUCAUUGCCUCUGAGGAGACCUUCGGCCCUGUAGCAGGUCUUUUCCCCUUUGAAACCGAGAAGGAAGUUGUCGAGCUUGCCAACAAGGCUGAAGUUGGUCUGGCUGGUUACUUCUUCAGCGGAAACGUGCAUCGCAUUUUCCGCGUUGCGGAAAGCUUGGAAGUCGGUAUGGUUGGUGUUAACACUGGUUUGAUAAGUGAUGUCGCUUCGCCGUUCGGUGGUGUUAAGCAGAGUGGCUUCGGACGCGAAGGCAGCAAGUAUGGUAUUGAUGAAUUCUUGACUGUUAAGAGUGUUACCUUUGGCGGCAUGGGAGAGCCUCUUCAGGCGUAA